CGGGUUCUGCGUGAGGGAAGGAGGCGGAGCUUGGGAGAGAGCGCUUGAGGAGGAAAAAUAGAUCAGGGGAAGGGAAAAAGCUGGGGCCGGGGAGGUGACGGCGGCCCGUAAGGUCCAAGAAGGGAGGAAGGACGGAGCGGGGCCUUCUGCGCGCUCUUCGUUCUGCUCCCCUUCCCCGCGAAUAGGCGCGAGGCUCAGCCGGGGACGGCAACGACGAGGCCGCCAUUCUUUCCCCUGCUCCCCCCCUUUCCUCGUCCAUCCUUCUCCCCUCAGCCUCGCUUUCCGCGUUCCCUGCUUAUUGAGACGGGGCUGCCUGCUCCCCUACCUUCCUCCCUGCCCUUUCCCUGUUUUCCUGGGACAAGCCAGGGUCCUGGACCCUUCCAGUGUGGAGGCCCUGGAGGCCUUGGAGGAGUUUGCCCACCUCCUCCUCUCCCUCUCCCUCACAGUAAACGGAUUCUAAUGGGAGAACCGUUCUGAAAUUCAGGCUGGCUGGCUGGCUGGCUGGCGGGCUGCCAUUAUGGAUGAGCAGCAAGCUUUGAAUUCAAUCAUGCAGGAUUUGGCUGUCCUUCAUAGGGCAAGUCGCCCUUCUUUGCCUCUACAAGAAACAGGAAAAGCAAAACCAUCUUCGCCAAAAAAGCAGAAUGAUAUCCGUGUCAAAUUUGAACAUCGAGGAGAAAAAAGAAUUCUACAGUUUCCCCGACCUGUCAAGCUAGAAGAUCUUGCAUCAAAAGCUAAAGUUGCCUUUGGACAGCCCAUGAAUUUGCAUUACAGCAAUAAUGAGUUGGUAAUCCCAUUAACAACACAGGAUGAUUUGGAAAAAGCUGUAGAGCUCCUUGAUCGAAGCAUUCACAUGAAGAGCCUCAAGAUUUUGCUUGUUGCUCAUGGAAACACACAGAGCAACUUGGAGCCUCUGUCAUCACUAGAAGAUUUGGAUAAUACGGUUUUCAGAGUUACAGAACGGAAGAACAGGCUUUCUGUAAUAGGUUAUUAUGGCCGGGACAGAAGCUCUCCUCCUCCAGGAUACAUUCCAGAUGAGCUGCACCAAGUGGCGCGGAAUGGGUCAUUCACGAGUAUCAACAGUGAGGGUGAAUUCAUUCCAGAAAGCAUGGAUCAAAUGCUGGAUCCAUUAUCACUGAGUAGUCCUGAAAACUCAGGCUCAGGAAGUUGUCCUUCACUUGACAGUCCUUUGGACGGAGAAAACUGCCCCAAGUCACGGAUGCCGAGAGCCCAGAGCUAUCCAGAUAACCACCAAGAGUUUUCUGAUUAUGACCUCCCAAUAUUUGAGAAAUUUGGGAAAGGUGGAACGUACCCUCGAAGAUAUCAUAUUUCUUACAGCCAUCAAGACUACAGUGAUGGUCGUAAAACUUUCCCGAGGGCUAGAAGGACACAAGAAAACAGCCUACGCUCUCCAGUUAGCUUCAGCCCAACUGAUCACUCCUUGAGCACAAGCAGCGGGAGCAGCACUUUCACUCCAGAAUAUGAAGAUGGAAGGAUGCGGAGAAGAGGCAGUGACAUAGAGAAUCCUACUUUGACAGUAAUGGAUAUCAGUCCACCUAGCCGCUCACCACGAGCUCCAACUAACUGGAGACUUGGGAAAUUGCUGGGCCAGGGUGCAUUUGGUAGAGUUUAUCUGUGCUAUGAUGCAGACACAGGACGAGAGCUGGCUGUUAAACAAGUUCAGUUUGAUCCUGAUAGCCCAGAAACCAGUAAGGAAGUAAAUGCCCUUGAAUGUGAGAUCCAGCUGCUGAAAAAUCUGCUACAUGAAAGAAUUGUCCAGUACUAUGGCUGCCUGAGGGAUCCUCCUGAAAGAACGCUCUCUAUAUUCAUGGAAUAUAUGCCAGGGGGCUCAAUAAAAGACCAGUUGAAGGCCUACGGUGCACUCACAGAAAAUGUGACUCGGAAGUACACUCGACAGAUUUUGGAGGGAGUUCAUUAUUUGCACAGUAAUAUGAUUGUACACAGAGACAUUAAAGGAGCAAAUAUUCUCCGGGACUCUGCUGGCAAUGUUAAGUUGGGUGAUUUUGGUGCCAGCAAGCGGCUUCAGACAAUUUGCCUGUCUGGUACGGGAAUGAAAUCUGUCACAGGAACGCCAUACUGGAUGAGUCCAGAAGUUAUUAGCGGAGAGGGAUAUGGGAGAAAAGCAGAUAUCUGGAGCGUAGGCUGCACAGUGGUUGAAAUGCUCACUGAGAAACCCCCUUGGGCAGAGUUUGAAGCAAUGGCUGCCAUUUUUAAAAUUGCCACACAGCCAACCAAUCCUCAACUGCCACCUCAUGUCUCAGACCAUGGUCGGGAUUUUCUAAAGCAGAUAUUUUCUGAGGCUAAGUUGCGACCAUCUGCAGAGGAACUUCUAAGACACACAUUUGCACAUUAUCACUGAUGGCCUGCCUCAACCCAUCUCUCACCUACUGCAUUUAUUUUCUGACUGCACUUUUUUCUUCUUCCUUUUUUUACACAGCGUUGAGAAAAGACAAGAGAGAACGUAUUUCUCUUGAUUCUUGUUUUCAUAUAGAUUGUUAAUAAUCUCUCUGCUUAUUUACAAUGCAGAAUUUGUUUCCCAUUUAGGAUUAGGAUCUUUUCGUUUCAACAAUGUACUGAUGUGGUUCGCAUAAAGCACUUUAGUACAUAUUCAUUCCUUAUUUGAGGGGGUAAAAGUAACUUCUUUUGGACCAUCAGGAAUUGUGUGUAAGGUUUUUAUUUUCCCAGAGCACUGCUGACUUACUCAGGAUGCAGGGAAAACAUACAUGUUGUUAGCAGAUGUAGAAAAAGGAAAUAUGUCCAGUUGUUCUUUGUAGUGUGUAGAUAGCAGCCCUGAGGGGUCUUGGUUGUGUUUCAGCUUUGAAAAUGAAUAUUGGAAACAGUCAGAAGCUGAAAAUUCAGACUGCUAAGAAACUAUCUGACUCAUACAUCAACUGUAACCAAAUUAGUAGAUUUAUGAUUUUAAAAGACUAGACAGAUGUGCCCCCUAGUUGAGUAGUUUUAAGGAUCAUGGAGCAAUCAAGUAGGUCUGGUGCAUGAAUGUUCUUGAGCAGAAAUUGUAGAUAAACAGAUUAUUGUAGAUCCUUAUUCCUCUGUAGUUAAAUUACAGUCUAAACAUGUCAUACAGCAAACUAGUUUGGUUAAAAUCCCUGUGUUUGAGGGGCUUCUUUUGGUCAGAGCAAAGAAUGUCUUCAUUCUUCAUAAUUGCCUGCCCUUUACUGUCCCAGUUGCCUUGCUUGUUGCCUGAAAUUAUUUCAUGAGAUAUAUUUUUCUUUCCUUACUUGACACUUGUGUGAAAAUUUUAGAGGGUCAAGAAUGCAAGCAGUGUCUAAAAUCUACGAUUUUUGCUGCUGAACAGAAUCCUGUAUCUACAAUGGAAACUUGACUUGCUAGACAAACAGCAUUUGCCAAUUUGUAUAACUUGCAUCAGUGAGCAUGCAGAAUUUGGCUUCCCAAACUGUAGACUUCAACUUUUAUAGAGCAUAGACAUUCCCUCCCCGUUCAAAUCAAGAGGGAAAGUAAACUCAAUAGAAGUCUGCAUAUGUACAAUAUAGUUCCGUUUCAACACACUGAUGAUGAGAAAAGAACAUAAAAUGAGAUAUUUUUCAGACUAGAAUCAUAGAUCACAGAAUCAUAGAAGAGACCACAAGGGCCAUCCAGGCCAACCCCUUGCCAACGUAGGAAGACACAGUUAAAGCACCCCUGACAGAUGGCCACCCUUCCUCUUCUUAAAAGGCCCCAGAGUAGGAGACUGCACCACCUUCUGAUUUACUUGUCAUUCGGUACCCUGAAAGUGGAGGCUGUGCAAUUUGUAUCUUACCUGACCCAAGUAAUCUUUUGUUUUUAAAACAGUUUUGAGAUAAUUAUCUGAACUGUGUUUACCCACAUUUGGACAUUUGAACAUGAUGAUUGUAGAAUGCUUGCAUAUUUUAUAUGCCUUCAGGAAAUUAUAAAUAGCCCCUGAAGGGAAAUAAUUCUGUUUUCCAGUAUCACCAGAUAAUAAAAGUAAUUGAAGGAUCCUGUUUUCUAGAGGCUUAACACUGCUGUUAAAUAUUUCCUAAGGAAAUCCUUGUGGCCUCCUGUAUAAAGCCAUCAAAGGCAAGCCAAUAAUACAGUGAGAUCAGGAACAGUUUAAAGCUAAGCAGUUGGCCUAUUUGUAAAUAUUUAACCAUAGUUUAAAGAAAACAGUUCCCAAUGUUCUCAACUCUUUGUAACUGAGGGAAGUGCUGAUUAUUAUAGCUGAUGGGAAAUUUGCACAGUAGAGAAGCUGGUAGGGAUAUAAAGCAUCUGAUCAUCUAAAUGUGAUUAAGAGAUCACCAGUUUAUGGUAGUAAAAGCAGUGAAGUUUCAGAAUAAAGCAAAUUUAUUAUAGAGACUCUUGCCAUUUUCCAUAGAACAUGCAUAUGGAGCUUGCCAGACUGAGUGUAUUUAAAAUAUCUAUAGUUUUAAACUUUGUUUAAAGGAAGCAAGCUUUUGUGCUUGUAGGGGGAGCAAUCACCUUUUUCUGGAAGUAUUAUGAAAUGGCAUGGGUGGAAUUCAGGUGAUGAGUGAUUGGCUCUUUUCCCUCUGUCAGCUAUCAAUUCCAUCUGUAGCCCACAGUAUUUAGUUGUCUACUGCAGAUCUGUUCUCUCCUCUCUUGUACAUGUUUUCCUAUAGAUUAGAGCCCACUUUCCCAGGAGUUUAUAGGAAAAUCUGUAGUAUUUCAUAUUCUGCUGAAUUGUCAUUAAGCUGCAACUAUGCAAAUUGUGUGAAGCAUGCAAAUAUGCAUCAUUGGGUUCAGUUAAUUGGAAUAUUAGAUGAAAAUUGAAGUCUCCCUCCCAGCUAAACCAAACUAUUUAUGUACGUUUUAUGUUAUGACACAACUCCUUGCACUGUUUAGUUAAUAUCUAGCAGACAGACAAUCAUUGCAGCCUAAGCAUGUCAGCUGCAGACUUAUUGAAUUGAAAAUUUGAUCUAAAAAAGAGAUUUGAGGAGCAUGAAUCACCUGUCUCCUGAAAAUGGAGACUGAUGCAGCAAUCUUAAAUGCAUUAAGGAGUAAUGUAUUUCUUUUGUAUAGGACUGAGCUGUGACUGGUUCUUUUUCAAACUUUUUAAGUUGCAGAACAAAAACUUGAUGGUACUGGAAUAGAAUCGCUGGGUACUAGCCAUUGCUCUGGAUGUGUAGAGACCAGUGUAUUUUGGUGCUUUACUUUUAUAAAUUGAUCUCAGAUCAUCUGGAUGGGGUUUUGUCCCAUUGGUCUUUCCCUUUAGAAGAGAUGCUCAGAAACAAGAAUUUAAAGUGAGAUGGGAGAGUAAACUUGAUGUAGAGUUGUAGGACUUAUUUCUAAGAAGUGGGACAGGAAAAAACAAAUCCUUAAAAUCUUAGAGGCAUACUUUCAGGAGUUUGGAUCUGCCUUAACCUGCUUACUGUCAGCAGGUCCCCAUCUGCCAAUAUCAAUUCUAUUAUGUUGAUAUUUAGAAUAGAGGGUGGGUGUGAUUAUUGCUUCCUUUCCCCUUGUUCAGGGUAGCAGUGCAAUUUUCCACAAAGAAUAAGUGCCCGUCUUGAGAGAUCUCCGGGAAAAGACUGGACAAAAUGCUGAAAACAACUUGCUUCUGAAAUAUGAGGGGAUUGAGACUGUAAAACAUGAAGACUUCUUAAACUUUAAAUGUUAGAAGAAUCUUUCAAAUGUUAGUCUUAUCCAUAACAUACAAAUAUGACAGGGCUUGUUGAGUGAAGGAGUGAAAAGGUUAUUUACUUUGCUACAUAAUUUUAUUAGGAAGAACAUUUUUAGUAACCCUAAAUUGUAUUGUGCCUGUCUAUAACUGAUGUAAUAUGCAUACAGCCCACAAGUUACAAACAAGAUAUGUUCUGUAGGUUUGUUCUUAAGCUGAAUUUGUAUUUAAGUCGGAAAGGUAACUCUUCAGAAGGUUUCGCUACACUUUCUGUCCCUGUGAUAAUUGGAUUUUGAAAAAUGCGGCUUGUUUUGGAAACAAGGAUUGGUGAGAAAGCUUCAGUUGCAACUCCUUUCCUCCAUGAUAACUCUUCCCUUCCUGGGGGUAGAUUUCUCUCCCUUUCUUUUGUCUCAUCCCUGUUCUUAACUAUGAGUCAUUUGUAAGUCAGAUGUUUGUAACUCGGAGACUGUUAGUGCUGAACUUAAGCUCCCCAUUUUCUCUCCUCUAAAGAGUUAACAGACUCAACAGAGGACCAAAGAAUGGAAAUGCUUCUUUAUUGUACUCUGAAUAUGUAUGCAGAAAAACAUGCAAAGGCUCCUGUAAUUUCAACAAGGAUACUUUAUUUACGAAAAAGUGUGAAAAUAGACUUUAAAGAAAAUGUAAGUGCAACAUACUGGUCAAAAGAAACUAUUUGAAGCUUGACAACAUUCAGUUUCUGUCAUGAUUCAUUCAGAUUGCUGCUUAUUGGCUGUUAGGAAUUGUGGGAGUUUAAGUCCAAAACACCUGGAGGGUUGAAGUUUGCCCAUGCAUACUCUAAACUAUAGUGCCAUUUUUCUUACUGUGGCUGGGAAAGGAGCCAGGUACUAGCAGAGCAAUGUGAUUGCAUUUUGUGCCUUUUUUUUAGUACUGCGUUUUUUUUUCUCAACAGUGGCAGUAAAAAAACAGAUGCCAAAAUUAAGGAGUUGCAACCCCUUAGCUACAAUCUCUAAUCUAAUGGCAUCCAAGUUGUGUGAGUACUGUGAUAUACCCAGCUUCUAACCACUUCUAGUUUGCCCCAGGCAGCAACUUAGGUGGGUUGAAAGUACUUUUAACUGCUUUAAUAAUGUGCACAUUUUAGAUCCAGUACCUGUGUGAUCUUCUAAUUGAAGCACCGAACCAAAAAGCACAUAGUUUGCAGCAAGCCUAGCAACAACCGUUUUCUUUGUAACUAAGCCUUUGCCAAACAGUACAGACAAGUGCUUACCUUUUUAUCUUCCAGGUAGCUAUAUCAACAGGUAAUGUACGAGUAGUGAAUGAUUUCAUUAGGAUCUAAAGUAAAAUGCUGAUCCUUCAGAACAAUGCAUCUUGCCAAUCUUAUGAGUCUAUCAGCUCAUUUUUAAUUAUGCCCUAUUUUGUAUGGACACUUGCUUCCUAACACUUCCUAGGAUUCCAAGAAUAUAAAGAAAUUUGAGAUCUUUGGCUAUUUUUACUUAUCAAAAUCAUGAGUACUUGUUAGAAUUAUUAAGAGCAGUUUUGAGAAAAUUGUUUGGGAAUCGGCUGCUAUAGAAUAUCACUAUAAUUUUAAAAAAUUGUAGAGAGGCAAUCAAAUCAUAGAAGGUGUGUCUGCAGAAAUCUGAAUCAGUAAUGCAAGUUAAAAAGGAGGAAAGAAGUGGAUGUAUUGCUUACAGUUAUAAAGCGUUUUACUUUUGUUUGAUGCACUUCUUUUAUAGAGUACACACUCAGGUGUGCAACACUGGCUCUUUUUAGUUGUACUAACAACUAAACUCAAACAAUCUCAGUGCCUUUAUCAGAAUGCCUUAAUUUUAUUUGUUCACCUGCCAGUUAUAAUAGGAAUUAAAGACCACUAGACACAUUCUUUGAAAUAUAGAAAGUUGAAUCCCAGAAGUUAAGGUUGCAGUAUCUUGAUUUUCAAACUAACUACAAGCACUACAGCUACAAGUGCUUUCAACAACUUUUGAGGGUUUUUUUUAGAGUUAUCUAAAAAUGAUCUUACCAAAACUGAUCUUAUAAAUCCUCUGUUUUGAAAACAGCAAUACAGUAUGUGGGCACAAUCCAGGCAGUAUUAUGCUUGCAUUGAAAAUCCAGAACAGUUGGAUUAAUUCUCCCCUUUAUUCUUAAUGCUAAGCGGAAAGGAGAAAAUUUCCUUAUUUCUCUUGAAGUUCUUAAAUCACCAUAUAGUUUGUUGUUAAAUAUAUUCUCCUUUUUGACUUUCACUCUGUUCCAGAAUCAGCACUAACAUCCCUCUGAUACUCAGCAAUUUAGGUGAGCCAUAAUGGCCACUUAAUUCAGUGGAGGUGCUUGUUCUGAAGGAAAGUGUUGGUGGGCAUGUGAAAAUGUUGCUUCUAUAGAGGCAAAUUGUUUUGUUUUUAAAACACAAUUUAUUCAAAAUGAAGAAACAAGAGGGAAUCUUGUUCCUGCAAUUGUCCAGAUUUAAUGCUGUGUUAUGAGUUAGUUGUACAGUAGAGUCUCACUAAUCCAAGCUAAACGGGCCGGCAGAAGCUUGGCUAAGCGAAUAUCUUGGAUUAUAAGGACUGAUCAAGGAAAAGCCUAUUAAACAUCAAAUUAGGUUAUGAUUUUACAAAUUAAGCACCAAAACUUCAUGUUAUACAACAAAUUUGACAGAAAAAGUAGUUCAAUAUGCAGUAAUGUUAUGUUGUAAUUACUGUAUUUACGAAUUUAGCACCAAAAUAUCACGAUAUAUUGGAAACACUGACUACAAAAAUGGCUUGGAUUAUCCAGAGGCUUGGAUAAGCGAGGCUUGGAUUAGUGAGACUCUACUGUAUUAACAAUUGCUUCAGUCAACUUUGUAGCAGUGUCAGACAGCUGUAGAUGUUCGUGAUAAUUGAUCAGCAUUCAUAAUAUAGUUUCUUUUUUGUUUUGUUUAUUUAAUAUUUCAAAUAUAUCACACUUAUGGGUAAACACAGGUGUUAUGUGCUUAAAUGUAAGUCCAUUGGAUUAUUUUUGCAUUAGCAAAGGUAUUACUACCAAUAUACUGGUACUUUAUUAAUGUUCAGUAAUAUCCCUGAAAACCAAAGCUUUUCUACCCCUGUACACAGCCAAAAGUGAUAUUUAUCUAGCUUAGUGACUGUUAUUAGUUCUCCAACAAUUUGUAAGCUUUGUGCUGAAUAGAACAACUGCCAGGGCUGGCCCGGUUGCACAUUCAGUCCAAGUUGCAUGAGCAGCAAUAUCUUUAGAGGUUCCAAUGAAGCUGUGCGCAAUCCAAGAGUUGCAUCCAUAUCUUUGUGACAUUUUAGGGAGUCCUGGGAUAAUAAAAUGCAGCCCUUUUAUAGUCCACAAAAGAUACUGGGCCCAUAAUUGCAGGUGCUAGUCAGGGUUUCUAAUGAGUACUGCCUGACUGAUGCUCAGCAUUGAUGACUAAAAAGUUUUGCCUUGAUGAAAGAGCAAGAAGAGUUAUACCAGAAGAAGAAAAUAUUUACCUAAGGACAAAAAUUAUAGAAGCAAACAAGGGCACAAAUGAAAGGUGUGCAUAUAUACAAUGGCCUAACCUAUUUUUUAAUGUGGCAAAGAGAACAAAACUAGAUUGGAAUCAGAAACACUAAUUCAUCUGAAGUCUUUUUUGAGAUUAACAACCAAGAGAAGUGUUCCUUUAGAAAAAAUUCAGCUUCUCCUUUUAUUCUUGAGGGGGUUUAGCACAGAGCAGGAAGUAGGAGCUCAUUUUGCAUGAACAAAAUGUCCUCUGUAGUUCUGUGGCUCAAAUCCAUCAUUGGAUGAUCUUAGGAAACGAUGUUAUCAAUGGUACUUAGUGCAAAUUUCAUAGUGUGGUGUUGUGUGGUUUCCAGGCUGUAUGACCAUGUUCUAGCAGCAUUUAUCCUGAUGUUUCACCUUCAUCUGAAGCCCGGAAAUCACACAGCACGGCAGUGAUUCUAGCCAGAAAAGCCUUUGGUAGGUUUCACAAUAAUUUGCAAUUGAUUUAUUGAAAUAUUUUUUACAUCAUACUUUAUCCUUGGCUGGUAGGCAUUAGAUCUGAAUUUAGUGGAUUGUGCAUAUCUUCACCUUCCAUUUCUGUCCUUUUGUACUAUUUUUCUCCUGGAUAUAAAUUGUCAAAAUUUGUACUGAACUUUUCUGUGGUUUUUUAAUUUGCAGUUGAAGAAAAAGUGGGGAUUGAACAAGGUGUAAUGGGCCAAAGUAUUCCUUGUGCCAUAACAAAGUAGACCAUAUCUCAUUCCAAAUAAUUCAGAGCCAUAGUUCCCCCUGAGAUAUCUUGAUAAAAGUGAAAGGCUUGCAUCCUGGGGGACAAUUUCUAUACCACCGAAACUGUUAGCAGCAAAAGCCUUUUCUUUUGUAUGUGCGCUUUUCAUAUGUCAAACAGGAGUGUAAACUAAACUGGCUGGAGAUUGAAGUGAAUAGAGCCCAUGUAGACAAAGGUGUAUUUUAUCUGUUUAUACAGUUGCCUUUUGGAAUCCCCCAACUCUUUAAUAGCUAAGGAGCAACUACAAAAAAGAAGCUGCUAUAGAAAUUCCCCCUGGUCUUCUGAUUUGUAUUGCAUCAAAGUCCAGUUGGCAAAAGACUGUAAAAUACUAGGGAGUUUGUAGGGAGUUAAAGCAUCAUUCUGGGCUUUCAGCGUCUUUGGGGUGGGGGAUGGGAUGGGGGCUACCAUGUGUUGUCAGUAGUGGGAUUCUCUACAAGAAUUAAUUCUAUUUGAUUCGCUCCCUCUACAUAUAUGACACAUAAUCAUGAACUAUAUAAAAAAAGAUUGUGCUUUCUUUUUUGGAACAGGGUCUAAACUUUCUAAACUUUGUGCAGCUUUGCCUUUUUUUUUUUGCUCUCACCAAUUUAAAUCUUUUUAUGAGAAAGUGCAAAAAUGGGAUCAUAGCAAUCUAAAUGUGCUCAGCCUGUCCUCUUCAAUGUAAAACAAAUGUCUCUGUAGGGAUGGGGAAGAGAGGUUGGUUGAAGUUGAUAAUGGACUUUUACUUCUCAACAAGCUAUGAAUAAUAAUGUAUAAACCUUACUCCUUUGAUCUAAUAAUGUACAUUUUUAUGCAGCUGUCAAAUGAUCUAUUAAAUCCCUUGGUUUUGGUCUGUAAAUGUUUUUACUCUGUUUAAAUGCUGGGCAGUUUGUAAUGUAUGUAUACAAUGGUGUUUUUUUCUAUUGAUGUCAACACUUUUGCACAUUUUUUUGGAAAUGUUUAAUUUGUACACUGAUUUAAUUUUUUACUCUUUGACCAACUGUUAUGAGUGUAUGUGAAUAAUGUAUGGGUGCAAUGUACUACUGUCUUGAAUGUGUGCGAGGUUAUUUUUUAAAAUUACUUCAGUAUAAAUGUGUGUCAACUUCUGGCUUUAUCUUGGUUGAGGAACUCAGGAUAUUAGCUUUGCUUACAAGUUCCCCACAAUAUCCCGAAUCCAGCAACUUGGUUGCAACUGCAGGAAUUUUAAUGUUGAAUUUUGUGUGAACAGAAUUGUCCCAGUUCAUUUUUUAUAUUGCUGGGCUGAUUGAUCAGUCAAAUAUUGUCAACUGACCACCACAUAAUUUCAUUAUUCCAAAACAGAAGUUAAUGCACUUGGUUCUCUGUUAGUAACCAUAAGCCUCACUUCUACCAUUUUAAGCCACCAUUGGAAAUAACUUAUUUGAGCGAGACUGGCCAAAUGCCAGGCUCUUUCACAAUGGUGCGAACAGGGUGCACAUCAAAUUUUUUCAUAAGUAUAAAUAGGAAAGGAAAGCCACUGUUCACCUGAAAGCUUCAGAUACUCAUCAGAGUUUCUGUGGAGUUUGGAUCGUGGCAAAUGUGUCUAAGAACUACCCAAAUAUAAGGUACAUAAAAUGCCUUCUGUGUACUGUUUCUCUUUCUUCUUCCCUCUUCCCACAGACUUAUUCCGCAAUUUCAUUUCUACAUUUUUUAAACAAUUGUUUUUAAAGGUACUGCAUUUAAUUAGAUAAAUAUAUUAAAAAGCUUUGAGAGAUAAUUUACUAGAUAAAUAUAUUUUCAGCUGGCUGAUGUUCAGAAAAUAUUUUUUUAAUUUUUGUUUUUAACCAUUCAAAAUGUAUUUGUAUUUCCAAAAUUGGACAUGAAUUGUAUAUUAAAACACUCGGGCUGGACAAUGGUACGGUUUGUCUUGUAAGGACUGUCUCCUUUUUUUAAAAGCUAAAAAUGUUUCCAUAAUACAGAGGAUAAUACUGUUCUGAAAAGGUGAAGGCAAUCUUUUGAAUUUAUAGCUGCUUAAGAGAACUGAGACACAUAACCAGUCUUAGAGAACUUUUUAUUGCCUGUUCUUUUUUGUUACAUUGAAUGUAAUAUCUCUUGAUCUUAACUCUUUCCUUGUUUUUGGAUACUGGGAAAAUUAAAGCAUGUUGAAGGUACUAAUAAAAUGCCAAUACUUAAUUUUAAAUUGACAACCGAGUUUGUGGCUUCAAAGGAUCUUUGUAUAACACUUCUGACGUGCCAACUAAAAAAUGUCAUGUUCGGUAAAUAGUACACUGGUGAAUAUCAAAAACCAACCAUUUAGAAAAAGUGGCAUUCUUGUUUUCUUUAUUUUUAAGAGCUCACAGUGGCCCCAAAAUGGUGUGGUUUAUUCCAUUGUUCAUGCACAUUUUGAUCUUGUUACAGUCUCAAAACUGUGCUUGUACAAAAUGUAUAAAAUCAUUUUGAUUUUUUUAAAAAUACGUAUUUAUCUGUUACUUUCUUGCUGGUAAAUGGCUUUUAUUUUAUUUGGGAUUUUUAUCAAAUAUAAAAGCCAUGUUUAUAUUAUAUUCUGUGUUUGACCAAAUGACUUUGUUUUAUGAAAUGUGUAUAUUGCUGGUACACAUCUGUCAGGAUGAUUGUGCAUGAGGAUCUGCAAGAAUUAAUACGAUGAAAGAUUUUUUUCUUCCAAGUUUAAUUCAUUUUGGGAAGGUUAUGGUGAAAAGGUUUACUGGAUGUAACCUUAUGAACUUAUGGAAUGACUAUAGAUAAUAGCACUUUUAAGUGUUAAUAAAACAAAUAUUUAUUUCCA